AUGGAGAAAAGGGAAGAUCUUGAGACGAUCUUACCUUUCUUGCCGCUUAAGAUUCACGAUUCGUCUCUGUCUUGGCCAUCUUCGCACUUGCUUGAUGUUUUAGAAGCUAUGACUAAAGGACCGAGUCAAAGCCGAGUAGACUCGGGACAAACUCUGUCUGAUUCAAUCUCUAACAUGAGACAAGCUCUCUCUUUGACUUGUUAUCUUUGUUCAUCAGCACUUGAAGGCUACGCUCUCUUCUUCGACGAGAGAAUGUCUAAAGAAGAAUCAAGCAUAAGGUUUAACGAGGUUUUACCUUCAAUGGCUUGUCUUCUUCUAAGAUUCCCAUCUCUCUUGGAACUACAUUAUCUGAAUUCAGAGAAUCUCAUCAACGGAAUCGAAACCGGUCUUCGUGUCUUAGGUCCCAAGAAAGCCGGCAUUGUGUUCCUCAGCCAAGAACUUAUAGGAGCAUUGCUUUCAUGUUCUUUCUUUUGUUUGUUCCCUGUCGAUAAUCGAGGCUCGAAUCAUCUUCCAAACAUCAAUUUUGACAAACUUUUCGGGAGCCUAGUAGAUACAGGACAAAACGAGAAGCAAGAGGAUAAGAUAAAGUGUCUAAUUCAUUACUUUCAGAGGCUAUCUUCCUCUACCUCUCCUGGAUUCGUCUCAUUCGAACGAAAGAUCCUCUCCUUCGAACAAGAUAUUUGGAGCAAGUCUACUAUCAACCUUUGCCCUGUUGAGGUUCAUACUUCUGGUCUAAUCGAGGAUCAUUGCGUUGAACCUCUUGAAGUUGACUUUGCCAAUAAGUACUUAGGAGGCGGUGCUCUUCGCAAAGGAUGUGUCCAAGAAGAGAUUAGAUUCAUGAUCAAUCCAGAAUUGAUAGCUGGAAUGCUCUUCUUACCAGCUAUGGAAGUCACUGAAUCCAUUGAGAUUGUUGGUGCUGAAAGAUUCUCUCAUUACGAAGGGUACAUCUUGUACACUUUUGAGUUAUAUAUUCACAGAGAACCAUUAAAGAGAUAA